AAAACCUGCAGAUUUUUGUCAGAUGUCAGUCCUUCUGUCAUUUUUUGUUGUUGUUUUUGUUUAUUUAUGAUUCGCCCUUCUCCCGAAGAACCCUUUGUGAACAGCCAACAACCAAAAAUGGGCGAUUUCAACUGGGACGACCACAACCGGCAACAGGUUCUGCAGGGCCGCCAAAUCCUGGAGCGAACAUCGGCCAGUUUGGCCCGCUCGAACCAGAUCGCAAUCGAAACCGAACAGACUGGCCAUGAAGUCAUAAGCGAGCUGGAAGUCCAGCGGGAAUCGCUGCUCCGGAGCCAGCGGCGGCUGGAAAAUGCAAACGACGGACUGUCCAAGUCGAGCUCGAUAAUGAGGGCGAUGCACCGGAACGUGCUGUAUAAUAAAAUGAUUCUGAUAAUGAUUAUUGUGAUGGAGGUUAUUAUUCUGAUUGGCAUGAUCUAUCUCAAGUUUUUGCGCUAGUACGGAGGACGUUCGGGCAACGAGUUGGACGUGCACCAUUCCUGGAAUUUUUUUUAUUCUUCGUUAACCAAAGCUAUGAUAUCUAUCUAUAAAUAUAUUCGUAUAUUCGGAAUUUUUAAUACACUUUGAA